AUGGAGAGUAAUGGCAUUCUAAGGAAUUUGUGCGUUCUAAGGAGGGAGUUGAGACGGCAACAGCGCUUAGCAUCUGGAAGAAUGUGUGAUAUUUUCCAACACAAGAAGCUUCCCAAAAAAGAUGUAGCAGCACUCAUGAAUGUGAAGACUAGAAGGCUUGCUUGCAGUAGUCGAAAUGUGAAUGCGGCCUUUCAUUUAUUUCACACUUCCUGCCUCAUACAUUGGGUUCUUCUAUGUGAACUUGAAAUGCUCACAAAUCAGCCAGAUAAUGUAAAAGUUAAACGAAGAUCUCGAAGAAAAACUGCGGCCAAGAACAAUGAAAUGCAAAACGAUAAUGAUAUGAAAGCUCUAAGGCCCCAAAUAAAUUCUGUAUUAUGUCCGGAGUGCCAGGGGACUGGAGCAAUUGUCGACAAGCAUGAUGAGAAACCAACGGUUCCUCUUUCAAAGAUGUUCAAGUACAAGAUAAAAGUGAGUGAUGCACACAGAGCAUGGAUGAAGAGUCCUGAAGUAUUGGAAAAUUGCUCAACAGGGUUUCAUUUCCCAUCCCAACUUGAAGAAAAGCUCAUGUUAUUUAUUCUUCUUUUUCUUCUCUUUAUUAUAGGAAAAGGUGAAACAACUAAAGUUGCUGCGUUUCUAUGGAGCUCAUUACUAGAAUUAGAACGUGGAACAUCGGCCUGCGAAGGUGGGUAAUGAAGGAGCAACUGUAAGCUAUUGUGGAUAAGUACAAUGAGAUUGUAUAUAUACUUGUUGACUGUUGUGGUGAUCUAGUCUAACACAGGUCUACAUACUGACAUCAUCUGCAUUGUAAAUUAAAUCUUACUAUUCUCCAAUGCAUAUAUGUAUUUUAUAA